AGUUGUAACUUGUAAGAAGAAGAGGCAUGUCCUCUGUGUGUAGAUGUUUCUAGCAUGGGCUCCAGAGUAACACGCAUGAUUAGAAACUUUAAUUUAGAGAAUCGCGCUUUCCGAGAAAUAAGCAAGGCCAAACCUCAAGCAGCACCGCGACAUCCAACAUCCGGCAGUUUUCCACAAGAAGGAGAUGCGGUGACCAGCAUUGCAGAAGAGAUUCACCUGAAGAAUGACCCACUGCUGUCAAGGCUCAAGGACGUUUAUGUGGAGUCUAACAACACAGUUCCUCAGGGUGAAGCGGCAUCCGCCCCGGUGAAGGUGGUCAAGACUCAAACCCAGCGCCGGCUGCUGAAGUUCAGUCUGCCCGGCGACCCCUAUGGCUUCUCGGAUGUCACUGAUGUUCCCAAAGGAAAACUGACGCUUGUGGAAGCUUUAACCGGCCUGAACAACCACAAACGCAUGCCUAAAACAUGGACUCCGGAGAAGCUGGCACUAGAGUUCUCUCUGGAUCCCAAAGAUGCCGAAGCGCUGACAGGUUUCUUUUUUCCCUUUGACGUCAAAAUCAUUCCACCAAAAUCCAAGGAGACGAAGCAGAUUAAGGAUUCUUAGCACACGUGAGCGCCGUUCUGUACAGACUCGAGUCGUCGCUGAAAUGCACAAUGGAUAAUUGCCUCAAUAUAAGUGUUUUGACAUUUUGAUUGUGUAUAGUGUUGAAGGGCCUGUCUAUUUAUUUAGUUUGUCUUAAGCGUGGCAUGUCCCAAUGAUCAAUUUAAGAUCAAUUAAUGUAAAUGUUUCUGGAAAUAUGAUGUCAUAUCAGUGAUCGUAUCAGUACAGAUUAUAUUUCUCGAUAAAGAAAUGCUAUACUAUGUUUGCUGUUAGACAAUAAAUCAGCUGCCCUUGCAUUUUGA